AUGCCAAUGACACAAUUUCGUGUUCAUGUACUUAAAUACCUCGUUUCUGUUUUAUUAUCUGGCCAUUCAAAUGCCGUCCCAGUAUUUCAAUUUGCUUGGAAUUUCGAAAAUCACCGUGUCCAAAUGCGCCAAAUUUUGUUUGGUUCAAUGGCCGCUUAUUAUUCACAAAAUCCGGAAGACCAAAGCCGUUUAACCCGAAUUUUGGAAAUUACACACGAAUUGAAAGGGCUGAGUGAAUUGUUGAGUAUAAAUCAAUUCCCGUUUGUUAUUGACAUGGCUAUUUUGGCUGCGAGAAGGGAUUUUUUGAAAUUGGAUAAAUUUAUUGAAGAUAAAUUAACUGAACACGGUGAGAAGGAAAGAAUUGAAUUAUUUUGAGUAGAAAAUACGAAUUAAUUAAAUUUACUUUAAAUUAUUGUCCUGGGUUAGAGGAAUUUUUGUUUUAGGGAUAGUAGCUGAACAGAAUUCUGUUUAAGCAAUCCUUAUACCAAUUGUGAAGAAUCUGUUAGGAGUCUGACUCCUUCAAAACCUUUCUUUUCCUCUUCAUUCCCAUUCCAUUCAUUCCUUGUAGACCCUCUUAUCUCCUUUUUGACUUUAGAA